AUGGCAGAGAAUGAUGAGAGACCGGUGAUUGAGGCCGUAAGGCCUAGUCUCGCGAACAUGAAUCAGGCUAUCGUGAAGCCUGAUAUAACUGGGCACUUCGAGCUGCAACAGUACAUGGUGAAACUGAUCCAAUCCAUAGGGAAUUUCGUACAAGCAAUUAAUCUAAGAAGUGGGAAAGCAUUGGAGGAGUUUCCUCACAAAAAGUAUGUGCCUAAAGAAGUUUUUGAAAGAUUGGUACCUCAACCAGAGGUAGAAGCUGAAAAGAAAGAUGUUGAACACAGGCAAGAGAUAGAGGUAAGGCCACCACCGCCUUUUCCUCAAAGGUUGCAAAAGUCGAAAGAUGAGUCCAAGUAUAAAAAGUUCUUAGAUAUCUUGAGCCAGGUGCGGGUGAAUCUACCUUUGAUAGAAGUGCUGCAAGAAGUUCCUAAAUAUGCCAAGCACUUGAGAGACAUCGUGGCCAAUAAAAGAAGGUUGACAGAGUUUGAAACGGUUGUACUUACUGAGGAGUGCAAUACUAGAGUACAGAGUAAGCUCCCACCUAAGUUGAAGGAUCCAGGUUAUUUCAUAAUUCCCUUGGCGAUAGGAAAACACGAGGUUAGUAGAGCCUGGGAGUGA